AUGCCACCAACUCUCUACCACCACCUUGAUCCCAUCCUAGAAGCCGAAUACGCUAAUAUAGUUCGCAUCGUGGAAACACAGAUCGAGAUCCUAACCUUCAAAGCCUGGCGGCGCCACGAAGUAAUUGAGAAUCUCGACAUGCUAUGCCACCAUCUCGCCAUCCAGGCAGCCAUCGACGAGCGCAAGCCUCGCAACUGGCUUGCCGGCCAUGCUCUGUUCCAACGAUUCUGCAUGACGCUCAGGCUGUGCGUCCCCGAGGCCAUUGUCACUUUGCAGAGUUAUGGAACGACCUACGAGGUUGACGAUGACCUUUUUGACUGGGAGGAUGAAGAAGAGCUUGAACGUGACGCGGUGGAUAUUCUUAAAGACGCUCUGCGUGAUGCUCAGUCAACAGAGUGGUAUAUCUGA